GUGUCUGCAUGUGGGAAGUACGCAGACCUCUGCCGCCAGCGUACCGCAAGAACAACAACAAGGACAGCAAUCAUUGCUACUACUGCUGGACAACCAAAGACAGUUUUGGACGUUUAUGCUAUUCCUGAAGAGCGAAUUGCUGAACAACUACAGAAUGCACAGCUGUUGCGAGAGACGUGUACGAGGAACAGUACAGAUGUGUUUAAAGGAAGAAACUGUUCAGAGUGGUUGAAGACUCAUCAGCAAGAGAACGAAAAGCACCGUGGACAAAGUUCAGCAGGCCAGAGAUUGGGCGAAAAUGCAGUAUUAAGAGAUGGUGUCCAAGAUGGGCAUAUCAACCACCCUGGUGGUGCAGCUAUGCCUGGUAUAACUGAAAUGCCAAAUUCAUUGGUUAAUGGAGAAGGUCAACAACGUGGGGGAGAUACACCCGAAGAAGAAAAAGCCCCUGGAAGUCCACAGCAAGAGGUUAAAUCAGACGGCCAUGUAAGGGCUCCUGAAGCUGCAGAACGGAAUGAAGAAAUACCGUCGACAAAAAGUCAAGAAGAAGACUUCAAUGCAGCUAUACAUGGUAAUCAAGGAACACCGAGCAACACAUCUGUUAACACUGUAACCGGUGAAGACCAACCCACCCAGCAUUCAUCUCCAGCUGUUAAUGUGACUGGCGUACCAGCCUCACAAGAAACCAUUUCCACUAACGAGAGUACAGGUGCCAGUGCUUCUGGCGCAGACAUGGGUGUGAGUGAGAAAACGGAAACAGAAGAAACCAAUUCCACUAAUGAGACUACAGGUACCAGUGCUUCUGGCGCAGACAUGGGUGAGAGUGCGAAACCGGAAACGGAAGAAACCAAUUCCAUUAUUCCACCGACGACUGAGAACACUACCACAGAAGCCCCAACCACCACUCCAUCUCCUGUUCCUUCAUCUAACGCAGAGAUCAGCAGCAACAUCGCAUCCACCGUACAGAAGAAUGCCAAUGUUGACAGCAGUGUCAGUCCUGUGUGGAUGCGCACUGCAGCACCGCUG